AUGAAAGCAUUGGGAGAGGAAGUGAGUGUAAUAGUACUUGUUGCAGUGAAUAGUGGCUUUCAGGGAGUUGGGUUUCUAAAUUCCAUGCAAAAUUUUAAAAACCUACAAAGACGAGCAAAUAAAUGGAAUGAAGCCAAGACACUUGAAGCCUUUACCGUAGACCUCUUACUUCUCAGUACUAGUACUACCUCACCUUGUGUUCCUUUAAGGUGUUUUAUCACCAUGAGAGCUGGAGGCUGCACGGUGGAGCAAGCCCUCACGCCUGAGGCUGCAAACGUGGUGAAGCAGGCCAUGGGCUUGGCUAGAAGAAGAGGACAUGCUCAGGUCACACCUCUCCAUGUCGCUAGCACCAUGCUCUCUGCUCACACGGGUUUACUUAGAACAGCUUGUCUCCAAUCUCACACUCACCCUCUUCAAUGCAGAGCCCUCGAGCUCUGCUUCAACGUGGCCCUAAACCGCCUCCCGACCUCCACGGGGAGUCCUAUGAACGAGGAUGUAAUGAACGUUAUAGAUAAUCUAGUCGACAAAAAGAGGAGAAAUUUCGUGAUCGUGGGAGAAUGUUUAGCAACUGUUGACAAAGUUGUGAGAACGGUGAUGGAGAAAGUUGACAAAAAAGACGUGCCUGAAGCUUUGAAAGACGUAAAGUUUAUAACUUUAUCGUUCUCAUCGUUCGGGCAACCGAGUAGAUCCGAUGUGGAGCAUAAGCUAGAGGAGUUGGAGACACUUGUGAGGAGCUGUGUGGGAAAAGGGGUGAUCCUAAAUCUGGGAGAUCUUAACUGGUUCGUAGAGUCUAGAACCAAAAGCUCUUCAGUGUAUAACAACAACUAUUGUGUUGUGGAGCAUAUGAUAAUGGAGAUUGGGAAGUUGGCUCGUGGGUUUGUCAUGGGAGAUCAUGGGAGGUUUUGGUUGAUGGGUCUUGCGACUUCACAGACUUACGUGAGAUGCAAGUCUGGUCAACCUUCGCUUGAGUCCCUUUGGUGUCUCACUACUCUCACUAUUCCGGCGACUAGUAGCCUUCGUUUGAGUCUCGUCUCCGAGAGUGAGCGUGAAGUCAAGAAAUCAGAGAACUUACCUCUGCAACAUCCAUUAGAGGAGCAGCUUAGUUUCUGUGAGGAAUGUUCUGUCAAGUUUGAGGCAGAAGCUCGAUUCUUACAAUGCAGCAGCAAUAGUGAUAGCAAUGUAACCACCGCAGUUUUACCUGCAUGGCUUCAGCAGUACAAGAAGGAGAAUCAGAAUAGCCACACCGACCUUGUGGUGAAAUGGAACUCAAUCUGCGCUUCAAUCCACAAGAGACCAUCUCUAAAAACACUCACACUCUCUUCUCCUACUUCUUCCUUUUCCGGUUCCAUUCAACUUUCGAGUACUCUCCAUCAUUGUCAAACCAACGGUGACUGGCCCGUGAUCGAGACAAACAAGCUUCGUCAUCAUCAUUCCGUGACCCCUGAUGCGUCCCACUUAAGAUUGUUUAUUCCCGAACAUGACAGCGAACCAAAAGCAGAGGUUUUCUCUUCGAAUCCUAAUUCGACAAUUAACUCAGCAGCCUCUUCGAGCGAUGCAAUGGAGGUAGAACAUGCCUCUUCCAGGUUUAAAGAGAUGAAUGCUGAAAACCUAGCAACACUAUGUGAUGCCUUGGAAAGCAAGGUACCAUGGCAGAAGGAUAUAAUCACGGAGAUAGCGAAAACAGUCUUGAAAUGCAGAUCAGGAUCGACUACGAGGAAGAUCAACGGACACGAUAAUAUGAAAAACGAGACUUGGAUGUUCUUCCAAGGUCUUGACGCAGAGGCCAAAGAGAAGAUCGCUAGAGAAUUGGCUAAAGUUCUCUUUGGAUCUCAAAACAGCUUCGUCUCGAUCUGCUUGAGCAGCUUCUCAUCGAAAAGAGCGGAAUCCGCUGACGAUUUGAGGAACAAGAGGUCGAGAGAUGAACAGAGCUUGAGCUACAUCGAGAGAUUCUCGGAAGCUGUUUCGUUAGAUCCGAACAGAGUGUUCUUAGUGGAAGAUAUAGAGCAAGCUGAUUAUUUAUCUCAAAUGGGGUUUAAGAGAGCUAUUGAGAGAGGAAGAGUUCGUAAUUCGAGCGGUGAAGAAGCUUCGCUUAGAGACGCGAUUGUGAUCUUGAGUUGUGAAAGAUUCAGCUCAAGAUCAAGAGCUUGUUCUCCUCCGGUUAACUCUGACGGUUCAGAUCGAUCGGAAGAGAAGAACGUUGCUAAUUGUGUUGCACUCGAUCUCAACCUCUCUCUUGAUGAUGACGUUUGUGAAGAAGAGUCAUGUGAUGAGAUUGGCUUGCUCGAAGCGGUAGAUGCACAGUUUCAUUUCAAGUGUUCAUCAACAUAA